AUGUCAUAUCCCGGAUAUUAUCUUUCAGAUUUGCCUGUCGAGCUGGUUUUUGAAUGUGAUGAAGAUGAUGUUAAAUUCAAUUACGACGGUCCAAGUUCACUGUUGGAUAGAGCUACAUAUUACAAGGACGUCGAAAUGGUCAAAAUCCUGCUGCAAAACGGUGCUGACCCCGGACUACCUUGCACUAGAGGCGGCCCGCCAGGUACUUUCGAUAGUUUGUUGGGCUUUACAGAGAAUAUCUGUCCACAAAUGGCAGAGGCUCUCCUAGAUGCUGGUGCCACACCCUUUUCACUCGCUCAUGUUAUCGAAUCAUGCAGGUUUCACGGAACCCUCAGCCCUUUGACUGACCUUGUCUUGAAGAAUUAUAUGAACAUGCACAGCACCUACUCUGGAAGCCUAAGCUUCACAGAUUUUACUGAUGCAACAAUACUACAUUAUGCUGCUUCCGAAGGCACUCCUGAUCUCGUGGAGGCGAUAAUCUCUCGUGCACCAAGCCUGCUACACGCAGGAGCAAUAGGGUGGACCGGUGGUUGUUCAGACAAAGUUAUUAUGCCUGGUCUAGACCUUGUUCCGAAUGUCGAUGUUCCGCGAAGUUGGUAUGACUUAUACUCACCGUUGAACCUGGCUCUAGGAUCACACAAAGGAGCGAAUGCCAAAUAUCUGCUCCAGUGUGGUAGCAAGGUCGAUAUAGGCUCAUUCAAAUGCGUGUGGGAGCAGGCCUGUGAGUGGACUAAGUUUACUCCCAUUUGGGUGGAGGUUCUAGAACUUAUGACUGCCAAGAUUGACUUUGACACCCCGCACAAUACCCCAAUGAUUCAGUGGUGUAUUGAUUUUUUCUUCCAUGACAAAGCUUGCCACGAGAAAAGAUUCAUCCAGAAUCUCUGUUUACCAAGUUUUCUCGGUAAUAUGAGCCUUCGUACCCGUGCUCAGUACCUUGAUAAGUUUAAUGUCGAAAGUUAUCAGGAGCAUCUCGACGAAUUGAGGUAUAUUAUUGCCUGGUGCGAGGUUGCUCUCCAAAAUGAGACACAAUUGGAAGGGAAGACUGGAAUAAGUGCAAGAGAUGAGCCAACGGAUUGUCCCCCUUGGUUGGCAUGUUUUAGGAAACAUGAGAAGGCGCGGCAAGAGAUAGUCGAAUUGUUGUGGGAGGCUAUGCUUGAUACGGAAUCACCAACAAAUCUUAGCGGGCUGGUUGGGGGGUGCUACGCCUGA